AUGCGUGUGAACAUUGUAGGCUACAGAUACAAGCUUCCGGUACGAUGGAGAUUGCCCGGACUGCGCAACGACCUAAUGGCCACCUGCGAGGAGGCCGUGGCGCGCGUGGUCCUUCGGCAUCCCCAUAUGCAUGUCGGCAUCACGGGAGAGCACACCAGGAACCCACACUGGGUGCGUCUCCGUGAACUAGAUCUGAACAAUCACAUAAACUGGACUUUAAUCACUCCGAGAGCAAUUGAUUAUCAGAAAGCUUUAGGCAGCGUGGUAGGCCAAGAGCUAGACACCAGGUUUGCCGACUACCAGAACGUGCCGCGCUGGAGGCUCAGGAUUUUGCACCAGGAGGGUGAAGAUUCGAUCGACAUUCUCUUUUCUUUCUGCCACAUUGCAGUAGACGGUUCCAGCGUCAAAAUGUUCCACAGAGAGCUGCUCCAGAGCCUUCGCGGUGGUUCAGAGGCCGCCGGCGAAAUCAAUGUUAAAGAUCAUAUCCUAGUACUUCCAGAGGAUUCCACCACAACUUUCAGUCCCCCCGCAGAGAAUCUCGUGCAGUUUCCCGUUGACCUAAAAGCAUUGGUCUACUACUGGCAGAACGAGGUCGAGAUUUCGACAGCAGCAUAUCCGAAGAAGCCAAGACAAGCCCAUUGGGCCCCCAUCCAGACAACACCGUACAAAACGCAGAUCCGGUCCAUCUACAUCCCUGGCGAUGCUUUAUCCAGGCUCAUCGCUGCCUGUCACCACCAGAAGACUACGAUGACGGGCCUGCUACAUGCGCUCGCUGCUGUUUCCCUUGCGCGCCUCUCCUAG